AGGCGGGAAAACUUGUAACGCGAGGGCGGAAAUUUUAAAUUCAUUUUAUUUGUUUAAUAUUUGUUGCUUCUCCUAGUUUCUUUUACUUAUUUCUCCAAUUUAAGCCCUCGUGUGUUGUUAGAGGAUAUGUGCGAGUCAAGCGGAGGCAAGUUAAAAAGAAGAAAAAAAAAAUACUUCCAUAUCUGAUGAAGAGCCAGAUGCUAAGAUGAGUAUUAAAUUUACUCACUCAAAAAGAGGACUGUUUAAAGAUCAAAAUUACCUAUAUUCUGACACUACUAAAAAUGAAUAUUUUAUCCUGUUGUCUCCUAUUGAGGGCAACAAUGUAAACUUAUUGCAAGUCAAUUCUAUUCUGAGGACUGUACCUGGUGUAUUCUAUAUUCGUACUAUGGGUUCUACUGCAUUCAAAAUAUGUUUUCGAUCAAUGAAACAGGCUAACGAAUUUUUAUUAAAUAAAGAUUUAUUAGAGAAACAUAAACUUCAGGCUAGGAUACCCAAUAAUCAGCUGGAAUCUCAGGGAGUUAUAAGAGCUCCUACUGAAAUAUCUGAGGAAGAUCUCUUAAAUAACUUAAAAUCUACUGUAGAUAUCAUCGGUGUUAAACGUUUCAAAAAAAAGAAAGAAGAUGGAAGUUUUCAUCCUCUUCCUACAGUUUUAGUAACUUUCCUCUCUACGCAGCGACCUGAUCACGUAACGUAUGAUCAUAUUUGGCUGGAUGUGCGUGAAUUCAUUAGACCUCUACUCCAAUGCUUCACUUGUUACAAAUUUGGUCAUGGAAGCAGUUCCUGCAGAAGUAAGCAAGUUUGUUCCAUAUGUGCCGGUGCCCAUGAUUAUAGAUCCUGUAUCAACAAAGACAAUCCUAAAUGUGUUAAUUGUAAUGGACAACAUGUAGCAGUAUCUAAUAGCUGUCCCACUAAAUCGAUGAAAUUGUCUCAAAUCAAAGAUAAAAUUCUAGGCAAAACAUCUUAUGCAUCAGUGACUUCAAAAUCGGUUAACUCUGUAAUUAAUUCAAAUACCCCUGUGUCUAUUAACAGCCCAACGCAAAAUAAAUCUCCUCAAAAAAGGGCAUUAGUUAUUGACAUCAUUAACUCAGACAUUGUACUCAACACAAUUACUAAGACUGUUAUUGAGCUAGUUAAGAAAGCUCAAACUAAUUCUGAUACAAUUUCAUCUAAAUUAAUUAAGGAAAUACUCAUAUCUAAUUUUUCAACAUGACCAUUACAUCUUUAAAUGAAAUUAAUAUUGUUCAUUGAAACUCAAGACGCUUUCUGUCUAAAAUAUUUCAAUUUAAAAACUUUAUUUACAA